AUGCCGCGUCUGCCACCGUCCCUGUUCCGACGCGCACGCAGCAUCUCGCCGCACGUAGCGACGCUUCUCCCCGCGUGCCGGGACCUGGACACGGCGCGGCGCGAGCUGCGGUGGAUCCGGGAACACGCGUGUUCUGUCCUGUCUCGCAGCGCCACCCUGCGCGCCCGUCCGCCGACCGCUGCGCACUCCUCGCGCUCGCCGCGGCGGAGGAAACCGAGGGGUGAGCAGCUAGGCCAUAGGCCAGGGACGGGAGCCGACGGGCGGGGAGCCAGCCGCGGCAAGCAACAAGGCGAGAAGCGCGCGGAACUCGACCGGCUCGUGGCCCGCCUGUGCCGCGAGCGCGGCGCGGGCAAGCCGCUGCAGUACGUGCUGGGGUCGCAGCCGUUCGGGCCGCUGGAGAUCGCGUGCGGGCCGGGGGUGCUGAUCCCGCGGGCGGAGACGGAGGCGUGGACGGCGCGGGUGGCGGCGGUGGUGGGCGAGGCCUGCGCGGCGGGCGACGCGCUGACCGUCGUCGACCUGUGUACGGGGACGGGGUGCGUCGCGCUGUUGCUGCACGCGCUGCUGCAGCGGCCGGGCCUGCGCAUCCGCGGCGUCGACGUCGCGCCGCGCGCCGUCGCCCUCGCCCGCCGCAACCUCGCCGCCUACGCCGGCGCGGCGGCCACGCCCCCCGACGUCGCCUUCGCCCGCGCCGACGUGUUCGACCCCGCCGCCGGGCUCGCCGCCCUGCUGCCGCUGCCGCCGCCCGCUGCACCCGACGCCUGGCCCCGCGUCGACCUCCUCGUCGCGAACCCGCCCUACAUCGCCCCGCGCGACUUCGCCCGCGACACCGCGCGCGCGGUGCGCAACUGGGAGCCGCGGCUCGCGCUGGUGCCACCCCCGGUGGCCGGGGAGACCUGGGCCGGCCGCGCGAUCUACGCGCGCCUGCUGGACAUCGCGGAGCGGACGCGCGCGCGCUUCGCUCUGUUCGAGGUGGGCGGCGCGGCGCAGGCGCACGGCGUGGUGCGGCUGGCGCGGCGGCGCGGCGACGUCGAGAUCGAGAUCUGGCGCGACUGGCCCGACGCGCAGCCGCAGGACGGCGAGGCGCAGGCCGUCGACGUCGACGGCGUCGCGCUCCCGGUGCGGGGCAGCGGACAUAUUAGGUCUGUGUUUAUCCGGCGGGACGGGGCGAGGUAA